CUGCCCAACGAGCCGUCCGCUCGGGCUCUGCUGAUGACGAUCUUCCUGUCCGCGUUCUGGUUCACGUCUGAGGGAUCGUCGCGCGCUUUGCUGUCCCCCGAAUUAUCCUCGCGCCCUCGGAGGGGCUUCUUCUGGUAGACGCAGCCUUUCCCGUGCUCCACGACGGGCUUCGAGCAGAUCGGGCACGCCGCGAACAGCGCUUUCCCGCAGCACCACGCCUUCCUCGACUCCGCCUCGCUCCUGUGUGCUCGCUGUUGCCCGGGUGUGCGGCACAGCCACAUCUCGACUUGGAUGAAUUGAUCUGGUUCUUAGCCUACUUCUGCUUGUGCUGGGGGCCGUUGCUCGGCGCCACGUGGUGACAAGUGACCGGCUCCGCACUGUUGUUGUCGCCGUUACCGUAUCUCAGAAGAGGCGUCUGCUGCGAGACAACCGGUGAGCCCUCCUGGAAGCUCUUCCGCGACUUGGCCGCGUCGGACGAGCUCCGAUCGCGGCACCAGGUGCAGGACGCAUGCCGACUAGGGCGUUCAACUCGUAAACACUGUAAUAAUACUUGACGGCCUUCUGCGGAGCAUUCGGUAGCGAGAAAUUUUGAUCCAAAUUGGAGUUAUGGGAAUACUUGUGAUGAUAUUCCAUUACCUGCGAGAGGCUCUUACUGGCCGAAUUCAACUUGAGCAGCCUCGACUGCUCCGCUUGAGUGGCCGCCUCGCACGGGACGCGUUGCUUGCAUUCCUCGCGUCUGUCGAGUCUACGCCCGUUUGUGCCUUAGAAGUCUCGCGAACAGCGGCUCUCGCAGCUCGAUUCCGAGUCGUAUCCUAUACUUGGUUCUCCGUGCUCGUCGGGGACAUCCUUUUGGAUUUUCGCUCGGGUUCUCUCUCACGUCAUCGUUUGGUCAAUUCUCUCCGUUGGACCGACGGCAACUCGGGAUCCGGAUCAUCAUCUUGUGUUUCCUCGAUAUUCAUCUUUGUCCGAGCGUCACUUGUUAUUGAUGAGGGAGGGCUCGCUUAGAUUAUGUGUCGCGGGUACGCCGUACUCGACGCCUGACGCGCAACAGUCGUGGAGUCGCGUCUCGCUCUUUCGCGAUUCUCCCAGCGAGCGACGCCCGUUUUGUCACACACAAACACACAUACACACAUAUACACCGCGUUUCUCGCCGAUGACGACAGUUACGGUCGUUUAUGUUACGACGGACGUUCAAAUUAAAUUCUUGUUUACAUCUGCUUAUAUCUGUUGCCGCGGCUCGCACAGUCCUACCGACGCGGGCGCACUGGAACGUCCCGGUGUAGACGGACUGCAGCGGCCUGCAUUUACCGACCGAAGCCUUCGAACCGGGGAGCUGGGAACGAACUAACGUUCGUGUUCGUUUAUUCAAGAGGUUCGUCGAUAAAAGCGCUCCAACGUGCCGUGUGGCAUGGCGACUCCGGACUCGCGAGGAUCGCACACACGAUACAGUAACUGGCGCCAAUCGGCGUGUUUAAUUCGAUGGUGGAUAGCAGCGCAAUAAGGACGAUAUUAGGUUGGUUCGUUUCUGUUGCACUGCUGAACUAGUGCAAUAAGUUAAAGUGAGAAAACAUAUACUUGUCUCUCUUCAAUUUAUUGCACUAGUUCAACGGUGCAGCGAAAACGAGCAGACCUGUUGUGUCAAAGUUACCGCAGAAACAUGGAGAUGCUUGCGAAUUUUGUAAAGGAGCAUUUCCUCGGGGCGACUAUAUCUCUGAUGUCGCUGUUACAGUCGUGGAACUAUUAUUUAGACUGGCGUCAAAGAAAACUGCUACAACGUUUAGUUGAUUUUCCAAAAUCUGUCGAAGGUAUAAUGACCAAAGAUACAUAUGAGAAGGCUCGUGCUUAUGCAUUAGACGAAAAUAGCUUCGGUAUUGUCACUAACAUACAUUCUGACGUUAUUAACGUGAUACUUCUGUUAGCUUAUGGGCCUUAUUUUAUUUGGCAAUGGAGCGUUGAAAUAGCCAAGCAUUGCAAUCUUGAUUAUGAGAACGAGAUACUCAUAAGUCCCAUAUAUGCGACCGUUGUAAAUUUAAUCUCUACAUUGCUCAAUCUUCCAUUAGCAAUAUAUGAUGUUUUUGUUUUGGAGGAGAAGCAUGGCUUUAACAAGCAGACAGCUUGGUUUUUCAUUAAAGACAUGAUUAAACAAUUCCUCGUGUUUGAAUUAAUCAUGUCACCUAUUUUAAGCCUGAUAGUCUGGAUUACUAAGAAUGGCGGUAAUUACUUUUACCUGUACUUAUGGAUGUUGAUAGUGGUGUUCACGUUGCUUCUAAUGGUAAUAUAUCCAGGAGUGAUUGCACCACUAUUUGACAAGUACACGCCAUUACCUGAUGGCGAAUUGAAACAAAAGAUAGAGGAAUUAGCGGCCUCUUUAAAGUUUCCCUUGCAAAAGCUGUUUGUAGUUGAGAACUCGAUGAGAUCGACACACAGCAAUGCCUAUAUGUAUGGCUUUCACAAACACAAGAGAAUCGUUCUUUUUGAUACGCUCAUUAAGGGAUAUCGCAAGAAAAAUGACAGCGAUGAAGAUGAGGAUAAGAAUAACGAUAAGGGUUGUGAUACGAACGAAAUAUUGGCGGUGCUGGCACAUGAAUUGGGUCAUUGGAAGCAUAAUCACACCAUUAAGAUUUUCAUAUUCGCACAGAUAUUUGUUGCAAUCAAUAUUUUGAUGUUUGCAAAACUCAUGGGAAAUUCUCUGAUGUACAGAGCAUUCGGCUUUAUCGACUGUCAGCCGAUUUUAAUUGGCUUCAUGAUAGUAAUAACGUAUAUUAUGAUUCCAUUGAAUACAAUUAUCGGUUUUAUUACAGUAAUAGCCCAGCGCAAAUUUGAGUUCCAAGCGGACAAAUUCGCCGCGACGUUAGGCCAUGGCCAUUGUCUAAAAACAUCAUUGUUAAAAUUACAAAAAGACAAUUUAGAAUUCCCCUUGUACGAUAAAUUGUAUUCCACGUGGCAUCAUUCACAUCCACCUAUCAUCGAGCGUAUAGAAGCGAUAAGUGAAAUAAUACGUAAAGAAAAUUAAAAUUUUAUUCAUAUUUCCACGUAAGAAGUGAUGAAGUGUAAGGUUUACAGACAGGCAGGUGGGUGUGAGCUGUUCUUGAAUGUUACUUUAUAAACAAAUUUUUUUUUUUUAUUAUUUCGUUCAAUUGAAUAGAACCGUACAUGUUAGGCCUCUGAUAAAUAUGCUUCCUGUAUAACGGGUGAUGUUAUGAACUCAUGGUCCAAUAUCUGUUGGUACCUUUGGAUUUUUAUGCGCCUCCCGAAUGCUAUUUUAUGUUAUGUUCCAAAAUUUUUCAGCAAAACUCGAUUAUAAUGCUUUAUAGAAGAUAAAUUUAUAUAUAUGUAUAAA